CAGCAACUUCUAGGCCAUUCUUUGUCGUCUUUACCAUCAUGUCAAAAAAGACAAAGUACCAACAUCCCGAAAUACUGCCGAUGAUCGACGGCGUUUUGCAUUUUCCAGGAUUGUCAAAGACAUGGCUGGGAUACCUGAAAGACCUUCCCGUUCAAACAGAUCGAGAUGUAAUCAUUGAUACCUACCCGAAAUCAGGCACAACAUGGGUAUCUGAGGUAACACUGGAAAUCUGCCAUGGAGGACUCUUAGACUACACUCCAAUCCAUAAACGCGUGCCUUUCAUGGAAGAAUGCACUAACCUCUUCGACACAAAAGAAAAACUUAACGAGUUUUUCYUGAAUCAUCCUUCGCCGCGUUUUUUCAAGUCUCACCUGCCGUAUCAUCAAGUACCCAUGGGAUAUGGUACCGGUGAUAAACCCAAGUACAUCUACACGAUAAGAAACCCAAAAGACGUAGCAGUGUCCUAUUACUAUCAUUAUGAAGGCUUCAAACCUUUAGAAUUUGUGGGCAGAUCAUGGGAUGAAUUUUUUGAAAUGUUUAUAACUGAUCAAGUCGUGUAUGGCAGCUGGUUCGAUCACGUGUUGGGAUGGUGGGCUCAUUGUGAUGACUCCAAUAUUUUGAUUCUAAAAUUUGAAGACAUGAAGAAGAACUUGACUAAAGCAGUAGAACAAAUAGCAAAGUUUCUUGGAAAAGAAUUAUCGCAAGACGUGGUGAAACGCAUCGCUGAACAAACAACUUUUACCGCUAUGACCGCUGACAAUAGAAAAGGCAGAUUCUACGAUGAUGAAGAAUUCGAAGCGAAGUUUCGAGUACCUGGAGCCGUGAAAUUUUUGCGCAAAGGAGAAGUAGGAGACUGGCRAAACUACUUCACUGAAGAACAAAACAAACGMUUUGAUGACUUGUAUGAAAAGAGAAUGGCGGGGAGUGGACUAGAACUGAGCUUUAACUGAUGAUGUAUUCCAACAUGACACGGGUGUCAGUCUUGUAAGUCUGCGCAAAAAGUUUUUAUAUGCGUUUUUUUCAAUGUACUUUGCUUGCCCUAUUGAACCACCAAAAAAGUCGAACGAAAUGCCAACGUUGGAAUCGAAAUAGAAAUACUGAUGUCAUUGUAAAAACGGAAUUUGGGUUGAAUUGAUGUGUAUA